AAUUCCACACAGGAAGGUCACACCAUCCCCCACCAUCAUCAGGGAGAAGAACAAAUUGAUAUUAAAGUUGAGAUAAAAGAAGAAGUGGAGAUGUAUGUGAUUGGUGAGCAGCAUCCUACGGAGGAGAAUAAAAUAAAGGUGGUGAUUAAACAGGAUGAAUCUUCCCUAGAUAGUGACAAAGAUGAAUGUGAUGAGCUCCUCUGUGCGGGAGACGUUCUUCUAUCCCUGGAUUAUAAUACAGAAGAUGAUGACGACAAUUUACAGUUUUCAACAGAAUCAGAUAUACACCAAAGGCUUUCCUGUGGAGAUAUACCGAUGGAUUCCACUUCCUCUGACUCACGUACUUUUACCAACAUUGUCCAUACAAGUCCUCAAGGUGCAGAAAGAUCUUCUGAUCCUUCUAAUCACCUCGGAACCUCCUCAAGAGAUUUAGAAAAUGUUCUACCAAGAAAUUAUAACAUGUCCAUAUCUUCUGACCCUUCUUCUCUCACGGGAAUCUCCUCUAGGGGUUUAGAAACUGUUCUACCGAGAGAUGAGAACAUAUCCAUAUCUUCGGAUCCUUCUUCUCUCCUGGGAACCUCCAGGUAUCUAGAAACUGUUCUACCAAGAGAUGAGAACAUAUGCAUCUCUUCUGAUCCUUCUCUCCCAGGAACGUCCUCCAGGUAUCUAGAAACUGUUCUACCAAGAGAUGAGAACAUCUCCAUAUCUUCGCAUCCUUCUCUCCCAAGAACCUCCUCCAGGUAUUUAGAAACUGGUUUACAAAGAGAUGAGAACAUCUCCGUAUCUUCGGAUCCUUCUCUCUCAAGAACCUUCUCCAGGUAUUUAGAAACUGGUUUACCAAGAGAUGAGAACAUCUCCGUAUCUUCGGAUCCUUCUUCUCUCCCUGGAACCUCCUCCAGGUAUCUAGAAACUGGUUUACCAAGAGAUGAGAACAUCUCCGUAUCUUCGAAUCCUUCUCUCUCAAGAACCUUCUCCAGGUAUUUAGAAACUGGUUUACCAAGAGAUGAGAACAUCUCCGUAUCUUCGGAUCCUUCUUCUCUCCCAGGAACCUCCUACAGGUAUCAAAACUUAUCCAUAUCUUCUGGUCCUUCUUCUCUCCCGGGAACCUCCUUCAGGUAUCUAGAAACUGUUCUACCAAGAAAUGAGAACAUCUCCAUAUCUUCGGAUCCAUCUUCUCUCCCAGGAACCUCCUACAGGUAUCAAAACUUAUCCAUAUCUUCUGGUCCUUCUUCUCUCCCGGGAACCUCCUUCAGGUAUCUAGAAACUGUUCCACCAAGAGAUGAUAACAUCUCUGUAUCCUCGAAUCAUUCUCUCCCAAGAACCUCCUCCAGGUAUCUAGAAACUGUUCCACCAAGAGAUGAGAACAUCUCUGUAUCCUCGAAUCCUUCUCUCCCAAGAACCUCCUUCAGGUAUUUAGAAACUGUUUUACCAAGAAAUGAGAACAUCUCCAUAUCUUCGGAUCCUUCUUCUCUCCCGGGAACCUCCUCCAGGUAUCUAGAAACUGUUCCACCAAGAGAUGAGAACAAUUCCAUAUCGUCUGAUCCUUCUUCUCUCCCGGGAACCUCCUCCAGCUAUUUAGAAACUGUUCUACCAAGAGAUGAGAACAUCUCCAUAACGUCUGAUCCUUCUUCUCUCCUGGGAACCUCCUCCAGGUAUCUAGAAACUGUUCUACCAAGAGAUGAGAACCUCUCCAUAUCUCCUAACGUUGAUAAAGGUUCAAUAUUAGAAUCACCUCUUGUAGACUGUAGAUCAAAAACACAAGAGCGUCCAUUUCCAUGUGCUGAGUGUGGUAAAGGCUUUUCUCAGAAAACAGACCUCCUUCGUCAUCAGAGAACCCACACGGGCGAGCGUCCUUUUUCAUGUCCGGAGUGCGGGAAGAGUUUCACUUGUAAAAAGGUGCUUCUUGCGCAUGAGAGGGGCCACACAGGCGAGCGUCCUUUUACCUGCCCGGAGUGCUGGAAGUGUUUCAUACGGAAAGGAGACCUUCUUAGGCACCUGAGAAGUCACACAGGCGAGCGUCCUUAUACUUGCCCCGAGUGCGGGAAAUGUUUCGCUCAGAAAGGAGAACUACUUGCUCAUCAGAGAAUUCACACUGGCGAGCGUCCUUAUUCGUGCUCACAGUGCGGGAAACGUUUUACUCAGAAGGGAAUACUUGUCGCACACCAAAGAAGUCACGUAGGCGAGCGUCCUUUUUCUUGCCCAGACUGUGGGAAGACUUUCACUCAGAAAGGAGGUCUUCUUAGACACCAAAGAAUCCACACAGGAGAGCGUCCGUUUUCCUGUUCAGAGUGCGGGAAGUCUUUCUUUCAAAAAGGAGAGCUUCUCACACACCAGAGAGUUCACACGGGCGAGCGCCCUUUUUCCUGUUCAGAGUGCGGGAAAUGUUUUACGCAGAAAGGGGUGCUCAUUGCACACCAGAGAAGCCACAUGGGUGAACGACCGUUUUCCUGUUCGGAGUGUGGGAAAUGUUUCACUCAAAAGGGACAUCUUCUUUCACACCAGAGAAGUCACACAGGGGAGCGGCCUUUUUCAUGUAUCGAGUGCGGGAAAUGUUUCACACGGAAGGGGUAUCUUCUGAAGCACCAGAUCAUUCACAUGAGCGAGCAUCCUUUUAUAUGUUCGGAGAGUGGUAAGUAUUUGCUUCCGGGAGGGGAACUUCUCGUGCAGCAAAACAGACAAACAAAAGAGCGCCCUUUUUCCUGUCUAGAGUGCGGGAAACGCUUCACUCACAAAGGAGUACUUAUUGCACACCAGAGGAGUCACACGGGCGAGCGCCCCUUUUCCUGUUCCGAGUGCGGGAAAUGUUUUACACAAAAAGGACAUCUCCUCUCACACCAGAAAAGUCACACGGGGGAGCGUCCUUUUUCCUGUUUGGAGUGCGGUAAGUGUUUCAUACGGAAAGAAGCUCUUUUCAGACACCAGAGAAGCCACACGGGCGAGCGCCCGUUUUCCUGCCCGGAGUGUGGGAAGUGUUUCUUACGGAAAGCGCAUCUUGUGGCGCACCAGAGGAGCCACACAGGCGAGCGUCCUUAUUCCUGUACGGACUGCGGGAAAAGUUUCCUGGAGAAAAGAAAACUUCUUGUGCACAUGAGAGUUCACACGGGCGAGCAUCCUUUUUCAUGCAUGGAGUGCGGGAAAUGUUUCAUGUUGAAGUCACAUCUAAUUACACAUCGGAGGAACCCUUGUCAGAUGACACCUGCAACCAACGUGUGUGGUGUGGUGUCCCCACAGGAACUUAAUAUCGACUUGGGUUUGAGUUGUGUUAUUAAGGAUGAAUAAAUAUCUAUUAUAUGGA